AUGUCUCCAUCUCCUUCACCAUCGGCCUCUCCAACAACGAUGCCUCCCGGUUACAUUCACGGGCCACCGUCUCUGUCACCGGAAGAAAGUGAUCUCAAAUACAAAGACGGUAGUGGAACAGAGAGGGAAAGUUCCUCAGGAGGCGGAAAGAAGGCUGGAAUCGCGGUUGGAGCGAUUGCAGCAGCGAGUAUGGUUGGCGUCGCAGGGUACGUGUUGAAGAAACGGCGAGAGAACAUUCGUCGAUCACGAUAUGAAUACGCCGCCACUGAGAUAUUCUGA